AUGGCUGAGCUUGUCGAGCAGAAAUUUGACAAGCGAUACGACUACGCUGUCAAGUUCUACGCCGCUCUCGCAAACAACAAAAAUGUCUUCUAUCUGGACGAGACCAAAUUUAACUUCAAAGGCAAGAAUAUCCAUGUUAUUGCAGUUAUCGCAAGCACGGGGCUAGCCUAUCAGGGGUCCCACUUUGGUUCGCUUACGUCCGAUCUACCGAACGAGUUCAUUCGGCGUUUCUUGCGCCAUAUCCGUUUGUCGACGCCGCUCGACGAGAUUGUCCUGGUCCUGGACAACGCUCCAUACCAAGGACGCUUUUGA